GACACAAGCACGUUGACUUCUACUUGAGUUUAGCAGAUGAUGAGCAGUUUCCCCUCCAAUGUGUUGCAGACGGGCUGCAGGACCGAACAUUGCCACUUCAAGGGCUUCCACACUCACCAUCCUCGCGAUUGUCUCUUCUACCUAAGAGACUGGGAGACCACACGGCUGCAGGCGCUGCUGCAAAUGAGAGGCGUAGAAUUCAACACUGAACCUUCUGACGAACUGCAGGCGGGCACGUGCGGCGUGAUGGAGCAGAAAGAUGAAGGAGGUCAGCUCGUGGACUCGCCCUGUGGCAUCCAGACUCAGCCGGGCCAGGCCGGACUCUGCGGCAAACACUACGGAGAGUACCUGGUCAGUCUGAUCAACGCCCACUCGCUGGACCCCGCACUUCUCUACGACGCCCACGACCUGAUCCGAACCUGCGAACGCCACCACGUGGACACGCAGAGGGCCGACAACGAAGACGACGACGCCUACCACGCUCGACUGCGCAAGGUGAAAUCUUUGAAUGUAUCAAGGCAAAGUUGUUUUUUUUCUGUGGUCAUUUCAAUUAUGAAUGACUACCCUGUUUGUUUGUUUGUUUGUUUUUUAUUAAAAUAUGACACAAAUGACUUCCCAAAAGAACUCAGUUUAGAGCAGGAUAA